AGUGAUGAGAAGCAAAAGGAAAACAAUAUAGAUCAUCAUCAGAGUUUCUUAUUGUCUCUUACACCCACGGACUAAACUACAUUGCUAACAUAAACAGAGAGAUGGUGAGAACCCCUUCUUCUGACAAAAGUGGACUUAAGAAAGGCACUUGGACUCCAGAAGAGGAUAAGAAAUUAAUAGCUUAUGUCACUCGCUAUGGUUGUUGGAAUUGGCGCCAACUCCCAAGAUUUGCAGGUCUGGCAAGGUGUGGAAAGAGUUGCAGACUGAGGUGGCUGAAUUAUCUCAGACCCAACAUAAAAAGAGGGAACUUCACUGAAGAAGAAGAAGAAACUGUAAUCAAACUACACGAAAAGCUGGGUAACAAAUGGUCCAUCAUUGCCACUCAUUUACCCGGUAGAACUGACAACGAAAUAAAGAACCACUGGCACACUACCCUCAAGAAACGUUUUGGAAAGGACAGAGGCACUGAAUCAAAUGAUUCUGAAUCGAUGAAGCAAGGGAAAGACUCUGUUCAGAACAAUGAUAGUUCUCCAUCCACUUCCAAGACCUCUUGUGACCCUUUGUCCCCUCAAUUAUCCUCAAGCCAAUUCUCCUCCACACCCUCAGCUAGUACCACAGGGGCAACUAGCGAAAUUGGCUUAAAUUUUAUGGAUGCAUGCACAGAGGAUGUGAAUGAGAAUAUGUGGAUAGAGUCAUGUCUAACUGAGAUAAUUGGUGAUGGUAAUUUUCAAGGUUCAGAUACUAGAGGGACCCCAGAUACGUGGGAAUUAUCUCCCCCGUCAUCUUCGAGUGAAAAUUUGGUUAUGGAGAAUGACCAUUUUGCCUUUCUAGAAGCAACACAGCCAACAACAUAUUGUUGGACACAACCGUAUGUUGUGGACUUGUCCCAUGUUCCAAAUGAACUGCUUGCACCUUUGGCGAAUGAAUCUGAUCAGCAAUAUUUUUCUCCCAUGUAUGAUGCGGACCUUUGGUGUCCAAGUAAUUCGCAUGAUUUACAUGUAAGCUUAUUCCCAUGAAUAAAUUAGCGUUUUUUUUCACUCCAUUU